UGACCCCUGUGUCUGUCACUAACCCGCUGUGUGUCACGGACCCCAGUGUGUGUGUGACUGACCCCUCUGUGUGUGACUGACCCCUCUGUGUGUGACUGACUCCGCUCUGUGUGACUGACCCCGCUGUGUGUCGCUGACCCCCGUGUCUGUCACUGACCCGCUGUGUGGGUGGCCGGGGCGAUGGCCGCGGAGGCGGUGAAGGUGGCCGUGCGCUGCCGCUGCUGGGCGGCCCUGAGGCGCCGGGCCAUUGUCGGUGUGGACAGUGUGCGGGGCCGGUGCCUCGGGCGGAACCCCGCGGCCCCCACGGAUCCCCCCCGGCAGUUCUCCUUCGACGGGGCGUUCGGCAGGGAGCACAGCACCGAGCACAUCUACAAUGAGAUCGCCUACCCGCUGGGGGAGGGUGUCAUGGAAGGUUACAAUGGCACCAUCUUUGCCUAUGGCCAGACUGGCAGUGGGAAGUCCUUCACCAUGCAGGGAGUUGUGGAUCCUUCCUCACAGAAAGGGAUCAUUCCCAGGGCAUUUGAACACAUCUUUCAGAGUGUACAGUGUGCUGAAAACACCAAGUUCCUGCUGAGAGCCUCCUACCUGGAGAUCUACAAUGACCUUCUAGGAGCUGACACCAAGCAGAAGCUGGAGCUGAAGGAGCACCCGGAGCAGGGGGUGGACGUGCAGGGGCUGUCCCUGCACAGCGUGGCCCAGUGUGAGCAGCUGAUGGACGUGGGCUGCAGGAACAGAGCAGUGGCCUUCACCCUCAUGAACAAGGGCUCCUCCUGCUCCCACUCCAUCUUCACUGCCAGCAUGGGAAUCUGCGCUCUCGAUGAGCGAGGGCAGGAUCACCUCAGGGCUGCCAAACUCAACUUGGCGGGUCUGGCAGGAAGUGAGAGACAGGCAAGGACUGGUGCCACAGGGCAGAGGCUCAAAGAGGCCACCAAAAUCACUUCCCUGUCUGCCCUGGGCAAUGUCAUCUCGGCCCUGGUGGAUGGCAGGUGCAGACACAUUCCCUACCGAGACUCCAAGCUGACCAGGCUGCUCCAGGACUCUCUGGGGGGGAACGCCAGGAUGGUGGCGUGCGUGUCCCCAGCUGAUGACAGCUACGAGGAAAGCCUCAGCAUCUUCACAAGUCGGGCCAGGAACAUCAGGAACAAGCCCUGCAUCAAUGAGGACCCCAAGGAUGCCCUGCUGAAGGAGUACCAGGAGGAGAUUCAGAAGCCGAAGGCCAUUCUGGCUGAACAGAUGGGCACGAGUGACUUGUCAGGGCUUCUGCCUGCUGAGGCUGCUCACCUGGGAGCAAAUCCAGCUCCCUCCCUCAAACCCCAGGUGGAUCUGGAAGCAGAGAAGCAGCUGAUCAGAGAAGAGUUCCAGGAGAGGCUGGCCCAGCUCCAGGCCAGCCACAAAGCAGAGCAGGCGUCCCAUGCCUGCCUGGAGAAGGACAUCAGCAGCCUGAGGGAUGACUUUGAUCUCAAGGUGUCUGUAAUCCAGGAUCUCCUCAGGAGGAAGCAGCUGACACAGGGACUAGAACAACCUCUGAUCACACACCUCCAUAUGAACAUGCAGUUGCUGCCAACAAGAGCCAACAUCAGCCCAGGUACCCUCCAGACUCCUUCUCCCCUUGGGAUGAAUAAACCUGAGUGGGACCCAGCAGCACCUGGGACCAUCACAGACAUCAGUGGGGUGAGCAGGGGCAGUGCUGGAGCAGCAGGAGCUGUCACUGCCCCGGGGAUUUCCCUGCCUGCAGACCAGCAGCUGGUCCUUGCCAGGCUGCAGGUGCUGGAGCAGCGGGUGGUCGGGGAGGAGCAGGCUCAGAACAGGGACCUGAAGGAAAAGCACAAACGCCGGAAGAAAUACGCGGACGAGCGGAGGCUGCAGCUGGUGGCUGCCCUGCAGGAAUCCAGCGAGGACAGCAGCGAGCAGGCUCUCCUCAACGCCUACGACUCCAUCCAGGAGGAGGUUCAAGCCAAGAGCAAGGCGCUGGAGAAGGUGCAGGAGAAGCUCCGGGCUGCCGAGACCGAGAUCAACCUGCAGGUGGAGUUUGGGCUGGAGAAGAUGGAUUACCUGAGCAUCAUCCAGCGCCAGGAGCGAGACCUGCUGCUCUGCAACCUGGAGGGGAGCCGGUGCGAGUCCGUGUGGGACGAGGAGAGCGGCUGCUGGAAAAUUCCAGAGCCUGUCAUUCAAAGAACCCAGCUGCCCGCAAGUAAGGGGACAGUCCCACAGCCCAAACCUGGCCGGACAAGCCCCUCGAAUGGGAGCAGGGAGCCAGCGCCCGAGGAGGACUACUACAGGCUGGUGCUGGACAGGAGCGACGGCGAGACCAUCGCCAGCAACUACUUCCGAUCCCGGCGAGCCAGCCAGAUUCUUCACCUGGACCGAGGUAAUCCCCUUUUCCCAGAUAUCGCCGGCACUCUUCAUUUUCCUCCUUUUCCUUGAGAAAUCAAACGGCGACCCACCCAGGAUCAAUUCUGCUGCAGCCCCUUGACUUCUCAGGGGUUUCUCGCAGGACGUAGCCGCAUUUUGGGGUCCUGCACCGCCCCACCACACCCCCUUCCUCUCCUCCUGCAGCUCCCGCGGGCUCCGAGGGGGCUGCGGGCAGCGCCUGCACCAUGCCCCAGGCCCGGCCCUCCGCCUGCAGUCCCUGGCCUUGGCUCCCAGC